UCGAGCUCUUCAGAUCAGACCAACGGGAAACGACCCUAAGGGACACAGCAGCCAAUCAGCUGCACACAGCAACGAACGCGCUCGAGCUCUUUUCAACCCUCGCCUGUAUUUGUGUGCGCGCGCACGCUCCCGCUCGAGUUUCCGUUCAAACAGGUUCGACGAGGAGGACACACCUGAACAACCUCUGCGAGGCUCGACGCUCCUCUGCACUCCAUCUUUGACCUCGGCUGACGGCGGACGGACACAAGAAGCCGAACAAGGAAGCCUUAUUGGACUUUGGGGUUGUUGUUGUUUCCCCCCCCCCUCUUCUCUCACUGUUUUUACAUUUUUUUCACCAUGAAGAUGUGGAUCGCGCUCGUCCUCGCUGCCUUGGCGGCGGGGGCCUCGGCUCAGUCCUGUUCAUGUGAAACUAUGAAGUGGGCCACCUGCGAUGGAACUCCAUGCUCAUGUUCCCUUAUGGUUGGCGAUAAUGUGAAACAGACGCUGAACUGCAAUGAACUGAUCCCCAAGUGCUUCCUGAUGAAGGGCGAGAUGUACAGAGCCAAGAAGGGCCAGGACACUCGUUCAGUAGGCGGAAAGCCAGAGGAGUCCGCCUUUGUCGACAACGACGGCAUCUACGACCCGGAGUGCGAGAACGACGGCAAAUUCAAGGCCAAGCAGUGCAACAACACGGAGGAGUGCUGGUGCGUCAACAGCGCCGGCGUGCGCCGGACUGACAAGGGAGACAAGAACAUCAAGUGUGAGAAGCUGGUGGAGACCUUCUGGGUCCGUCUUCAGCUGACUCACAAAGAAGUGACCAAACCAGUGAAUGCUGCCCUUUUGAAGAGUGCCAUUGCGGAGGCCAUUAACAAGCGUUACAAAAACUUCAACAAGGACUUGGUGGAGAAAAUCGAGUAUGACCCUGACGCCCGCAUGGUUGUGGUGGAUGUGAAGAAGCCAAAGGGAGAGCGCAAGAGUGACCUUGCCCAUAUGGCCUAUUACAUGGAGAAAGAUGUGAAGGUACUGCCCCUGUUCAAGAACCAGGAGAAGUUCGAGCCCACUGUGGAGGGCCAGAAGCUGGAGAUGGAGAAUAUCCUGGUGUACUAUGUGGACGAGGAUCCGCCAACUUUCACCAUGAAGCACCUGUCGGGUGGCAUCAUUGCCGUCAUCGUGGUGGUGGUUCUGGCUGUGGUUGCCGGUCUGCUUGUUCUGUUCUUUGCCAGGAGGCGACAGAGCCAGCAGUACAACAAAGCUCAGCAAAGAGAGAUGGAGGCCAUGUAAAGUCUCCAUUGCAGCAGGAGUUUUAUGAAGAGUCUGCGUGUACAUCGCCUUUUUGAUGGAUGUCUUUUGGAUUGGGAGAGUGCCGUUUCACCAUUUUACUUGAGGAAUGCAGGUGGAUCAACUUUGUCGAUGCUGUCGUCGUUGGCACUACCGGUACCGCCAGUUAUUUAUGAAUUGUGUAAAGUCUUUAAUGCUUCAUCCAAUCUACAAUGCCAUAAAGAACUGUGCUUUUUAAAAUAUGCUUGGCACAUGCCACAUUUAAAUGUUAGUGUGUUGGUUUAAAUUCCAUGUCAUAGAUUGUACAGUUUCUAUCUUGCUAAUGUGUGUUUGGAUUGUUUUUAAUAAAAAAUUUUAAAAGA